UUGUCAAAUGUUUGGAAAGAAAAUUUAAGGAAACUAUUUGGCUUGUUAAUGAUUUAGAAAAAAACAGUACUAAAAUUUAACCCCCCACCCCAAAAGAUGGACUCUUCCGUUGAAUUGCUAGCCUCAGACUUUUUUUAUGGCUGGGACUUACUAUAUAGAACCGAAGAGGAACGCUUAAAUAAGAAAUCAGAUGUGCUGAUGCUACUGAUGCACUUUCUGCUAACCAAGCACUAUAACUUUCGUUGCCUGGGCAUUGGUGAUGAUAAUCAUAACAACAAUAACAAUUAUGAGGAACAAGCUGGCAGUGAAUUACUACCAGAUGCUUGGAAUAGUGAUAGCAAUAAGUACGCAUUGCAUUAUGUGCAUAACGAAUUAUUCUAUACACUUAUGGGACAUCUAACCAAUGACGCACUCAUAAUUAAUCUACUGGAUGUGCAAACGAAAAAUGUCUCCAAUGUAUGCGUCAUGCCGCAGGCAUUGGUGGCCCAACUUAAGGGCAAUAUAUCACAGACACUGCCCAAUGCAAUGGACACGGUUAAACGUUUUCGCAAAGAGCUUUGCGACCCAGUAGUUGGUGUCAAAAGACGAGAGGCAACCACACAGCAGCAGACAGCAACCAGUUCUGAGAGAGAUCCCUUGCUUAUAGCGGAACAUAGACAGCCGAGCAUGUAUAUGCCGCAAACACUUGGCCCACCGUCGUACAGCAUGCCCAAUGUGGGCCGCGGUGAUUUGGAUCUGCUGGGUCAUCAUCCGGGCAAUCUAAUGCAGCUGCCACGCAAUCAGGGACCCUUGCGUCCGAAUGUACCCGGUCAGGGUAGUCCCAAUCCAGAUCACUCACAGCCACCAGACUGGAAUCCAGACCAAUAUACUUAGAACAGUAAAAGUAUGGGGCUAUCAACAACCAAUUUUUCAAUAGAAGAACCAGAUAAAUUCCAAAUUGA